CCUGAAAUAUCUAGGUAAAAAUGUUAGUCCGAGAGACACUGUAUGUUGUCAUGAAUUAUCAAAAUCACCAAGAGAUCAUAUGUGCUACAUCGAACGGAAUGCCAGCAUCUGUUCAAGGUGUUGCGUAUGUGGUUGGAGUGGAUGGUCAGAAAGAUUUUUAUCCAACAUAGAUGACAACAUAAUCUUUGAAUUGCCCGCCACCUCCUUCGACAUAGGUAUAGUGUCGGUCUUUAGGACUUUACAAUUGCCGAUAUGUUGCUUUUUCGUUUUUUACGAUAGGAACUGUGUUUUGGGUGCGUGCAUUUUACAUAUGCAGAAAUUAAGUAUUAUUCAUCAUGCUUUUGAUGGUAGAUUUAUGUCAAUGAAACCAUGAAAAAGCAAAACUCGUCUAAAUCUCCAGUGUGAACUUGCCGUCUUGCUAUUUUUCUUUCUUUUUUUUAAAUUCCGUCUUAAAGCCACGGUCAAAAGUCAUGUUGUAAGUUCGAGAGCUUCCCUACAGUACGUGCCAUGCAUUUGUAUUGAACACGUCCCAUCAAAUCAUACAAGAAUGAGUCUUGGACACACCCAUUAUAACUGAAAUAAAUCAAAAACUGACUGGAACAAUAAUGGACUACGCUACAUCGAACGGAAUACCAGCAUCUGUUCAAGGUGUUGCGUAUGUGGUUGGAGUGUAUGGUCAGAAAGAUUUUUAUCCAACAUAGAUGACAACAUAAUCUUUGAAUUGCCCGCCACCUCCUUCGACAUAGGUAUAGUGUCGGUCUUUAGGACUUUACAAUUGUCGAUAUGUUGUUUUUUUCUUUUUUAGAUAGGAACUGUGUUUUGGAUGCGUGCAUUUUACAUAUGCAGAAAUUAAGUAUAAUUCAUCAUGCUUUUGAUGGUACAUUUAUGUCAAUGAAAUCGUGAAAAAGCAAAACUCGUCUAAAUCUCUAGUGUAAACUUGCCGUCUUGCUAUUUUCUUUUUAAAAAAAAAUUCCGUCUUGAAGCCACGGUCAAAAGCCAUGUUGUAAGUCCGAGAGCUUCCCUACAGUAUGUGUCAUGCAUUUGUAAAGAACACGUCCCACCAAAUCAUAAAAAAUGAGUCUUGGAUACACCCCUUAACUGAAAUAAAUCAAAAACUGACUGGAACAAUAAUGGGAGCUCAUCUCCAAACCAGACUUGAUCAAAAUUCAAAAGAAGGCCGCCGACCUGAAAAUGGCAGACGAAGACCAUCACCAUCGGGCAUCAGCCAGCAACCGCGUGCGUUUCCCUCGCACACCACAUUUGCACUGCAUAUAAUACUGGUAUCCCAUCGUCGCAGCAGCUGCCUACUCCGCGCACACGAGGUCACCAACCCCACCUUCGUGCUCACCCGGCCAGGUCCGGCGGUCAACACUACCAUCCCGGUCACAGUCCACACCAAUCCCCAGUUCCGUUCCCCACCCACCCUGCUUGCAAUACCUAUUUAAAUAGCUCCCUCUCCUCCAUUUCCAUCCAAGAAGAGCCUCCCGACCUCUCCUACUCCAGCGAGCUCUUCUCUCCCUCACGGCUCCUCCACAAUUUCAUCAGUCAAUCGCCACAUCAAAAAUCCAGCUGACACGGUAAAGAGCACCAGUCUCUACUCCAUCCCUUCUCUCUCGCAACUGCCUGGUUCCAUCGAGACUUCAAGAUACAGUGUUGAUCAAACCAAUGGCCGCCAACGGCAGCGAUGGUGUCUGCGUGGCCAAGCCGCGGAGUGCUGACCCGCUCAACUGGGGGAAGGCGGCGCAGGAGCUGUCGGGGAGCCAUCUGGACGCCGUCAAGCGCAUGGUUGAGGAGUACCGCAGGCCGGUAGUGGUUAUGGAGGGUGCCAGCUUGACCAUCGCCCAGGUCGCGGCGGUGGCCACGGCCGGCGGUGCCAGGGUGGAGCUCGACGAGUCCGCCCGCGGCCGUGUCAAGGAGAGCAGCGACUGGGUGAUGACCAGCAUGGCCAACGGCACCGACAGCUACGGCGUCACCACCGGCUUCGGCGCCACCUCCCAUCGGAGGACCAAGGAGGGCGGCGCUCUGCAGAGGGAGCUCAUCAGGUUCCUUAACGCCGGGGCGUUCGGCACCGGCAGCGACGGUCAUGUGCUGCCAGCGGCCACCACGCGCGCGGCGAUGCUUGUCCGCGUCAACACCCUGCUCCAAGGGUACUCCGGCAUCCGCUUCGAGAUUCUUGAGACCGUCGCCACGCUGCUCAACGCCAAUGUUACACCGUGUCUGCCGCUUCGGGGCACCAUCACGGCGUCCGGCGAUCUCGUCCCGCUCUCCUACAUCGCGGGACUUGUCACCGGCCGUCCGAAUGCCGUAGCUGUGGCUCCCGAUGGCACCAAGGUUAAUGCCGCGGAGGCGUUUAAGAUUGCCGGCAUCCAGCACGGCUUCUUCGAGCUACAGCCCAAGGAAGGCCUUGCUAUGGUUAAUGGCACGGCUGUGGGCUCUGGCCUCGCAUCCAUUGUUCUCUUUGAAGCGAACAUACUUGGUGUCCUUGCUGAAGUUUUGUCGGCCGUGUUCUGUGAAGUGAUGAACGGCAAGCCAGAGUACACCGAUCACCUGACACACAAGUUGAAGCACCACCCCGGACAGAUCGAGGCUGCGGCCAUCAUGGAGCACAUCCUAGAGGGCAGCUCCUACAUGAUGCUCGCAAAGAAACUUGGUGAGCUCGACCCAUUGAUGAAGCCGAAGCAAGACAGAUAUGCUCUUCGCACGUCCCCGCAAUGGCUCGGACCCCAAAUUGAGGUCAUCCGUGCAGCGACAAAGUCCAUCGAGAGGGAGAUCAACUCUGUCAAUGACAACCCACUCAUUGACGUAUCUCGUGGAAAGGCAAUCCAUGGCGGCAACUUCCAGGGCACGCCCAUCGGUGUGUCCAUGGACAACACCAGACUUGCCAUUGCUGCGAUCGGCAAGCUCAUGUUUGCCCAGUUCUCGGAGCUAGUGAAUGACCUCUACAACAAUGGUUUGCCCUCCAACCUCUCUGGUGGCCGCAACCCAAGCCUGGACUAUGGCUUCAAGGGUGCCGAGAUCGCCAUGGCUUCAUACUGCUCGGAGCUCCAAUUCUUGGGCAACCCAGUGACCAACCAUGUCCAGAGUGCGGAGCAACACAAUCAAGAUGUUAACUCCCUCGGAUUAAUCUCGGCCCGGAAGACUGCCGAGGCCAUCGACAUUCUGAAGCUCAUGUCCUCUACAUUUUUGGUUGCGUUGUGCCAAGCCAUCGACCUACGCCACCUCGAGGAGAAUGUCAAGAACGCCGUCAAGAAUUGUGUCACAAGAGUGGCCAGGAAGACCCUGAUCACAAAUGGCAUGGGCGGCCUUCACAACGCGCGUUUUUGUGAGAAGGACCUGCUUCAAACAAUCGACCGCGAGGCGGUGUUUGCAUACGCGGACGACCCUUGCAGCGCCAACUACCCUCUCAUGAAGAAGAUGCGUGCGGUGUUGGUGGAGCAUGCCUUGGCCAACGGUGAGGCCGAGCACAACGUGGAGACCUCGGUGUUUGCCAAGGUUGCCACAUUCGAGCAGGAGCUCUACGCGGCACUGCCUCAGGAGGUUGAGGCUGCUAGAGGUGCGGUGGAGAAUGGCACCGCUGCAGAACCGAACCGUAUCACUGACUGCCGAUCGUACCCUCUAUACCGGUUCGUGCGCGAGGAGCUGGGAACGGUGUACUUGACAGGAGAGAAGACACGGUCACCCGGGGAGGAGGUGGACAAGGUGUUUGUUGCCAUGAACCAGGGCAAGCACAUCGACGCGCUGCUGGAAUGCCUCAAGGAGUGGAAUGGCGAGCCUCUGCCUAUCUGCUAAACAAGGAGAUGAAGAGAAGAUAAUGCUGUGCUUCAGAACUCUGAAAGGCUCCACAUGUUCUAAAUUGACAAUACUUGUGUUCGAUUUCAUUUUUUCCCUCUCCUAAUAUGUUGCAAAGAUUGCACUCUGCAAUACUUGUGGCGCCACGUAGCAACUAGAGCUUGUGAUGGUGUAAGCGAAAGGGCACAAAUUUUCCUGACAAAUGUUGAUAUUCUUGAAAAAUGUCCAAAGAAACCAGUCUACUACUGAAUCAGCACGCUCAGACUUGCUGUAUGUAGUUAUCACGUCGCAUUGCAAUAGAGAGAAAUACCACCAGGUUGUGAUUGUCAUACAAGCACAUUCUCGAACAAUUUACGUUAGUAUCAUACAUGUUCCGGCACAAGAAGGGAAGGGAGUAGUGAUAGAAAUAAUUCACAGAGAGAAAAAAAAAACAGUAAGCAGGAGAGGAUAUAUACAGGAGUUCAGCACAUAUGAACUAGUCACAGAAACUAAUCAGACCCAUGUUUCUUUAUCCAAGUCUGAUACUAACCUGAGGAAAAUAUGCUGAUACUCACA